AUGGAGUUUCAUGCGGUGGCACUGUCAUUCAUCCUCGCGUUGCGAAUCUCUUCUCUUGCUUCUGGGAACAAACUUCAGCCCCAUAUGCCGAACGUCUGCGCGGAGCAGGAGCUGGCGAUUGUGGGGCACCGGCAGCCCUGCGUCCAGGCCUUUGCCCGCACCGUCAAAGUGUGGAAGCAGGACUGCGGAGGACGGCGGUGGUGCACAGGCUACGAGCGGAGAACUGCGUACUACACGGGCUACAGGCAGGCGUACAAGGUGAAACGCCAGACCGUGUACAGGUGUUGCCCCGGGUGGUCCCGGCUGGCAGGGGACGCCGGCUGUCUCUACCCUGUCUGCAGUUACGGGGUUUGUUUCAACGGUGGAAACUGCGGAGAGGGAUCCUCGCAGCUCUGUCAUUGCUCCUCUGGUUUCCAAGGACCUCGCUGCCAGUACGAUGUUGAUGAGUGCCAGGUCCACAAUGGGGGCUGCCAGCACAGAUGUGUGAACACCCUUGGAUCUUACUAUUGUGAAUGCAAGCCAGGCUUUCGCCUGCACACAGAUGGCAGGACCUGCAUCGCUCUGAACACAUGUGCCCUGAACAACGGCGGCUGUGAACACGACUGCGUGCAGGUGACGCUGGCGCAGCACCGGUGCCAGUGCCGGCACAAUUACCAGCUGCGGGAGGACGGCAAGCGCUGCGCCCGUGAGAACCCCUGCACCGAUAGGAAUGGGGGCUGCAUGCACCGGUGCCACAACCACCGUGGAACAGCCCGCUGCGAGUGCCACCCUGGCUACCGGCUGGCGCCUGACAACAAGGCCUGUGAAGACGUGAACGAAUGUCUGACUGGACUAGCCAUGUGCGCACACCAGUGCCUCAACACUCGCGGCUCCUUUAAGUGUACCUGUCACCCGGGCUACGAGCUGGGGGCAGACGGCAAGCAAUGCUAUCGGAUAGAAAUGGAGAUUGUGAACAGCUGUGAAGCCAACAAUGGUGGCUGUUCCCACACUUGCCACCACACCAGCUCUGGCCCAGUCUGUACCUGUAACUUUGGCUAUCGGCUUGAAGAGGACCAGAAGACAUGCACUGAUAUCAAUGAAUGUGACAAUGGUUCCCACUGUUGUCAGCAGGACUGUUACAAUUAUCCCGGAGGCUACGAGUGUGCCUGCUAUGCUGGAUACAGGCUCAGCACAGAUGGCUGUGGGUGUGAUGAUGUGGAUGAGUGCUCCUCAAAUAACGGUGGAUGUGAACACACAUGCCAGAACCAGCUAGGGUCUUUCCAGUGUGGCUGCGAGAUCGGAUACAAACUGGAUGAAGACCGAUGGAGCUGCACCUCUAUAGAGGACCCCGUGGAAGCUCUGGACAGUCGGCACCCCGUUAUCCACCCAAUCCCUCAUGUUGCCAUCCUGCGAGAUGAAUUUACCCAGCUCUUUAAUGAUGACUAUGAAGAAGAGGAGGAAGAGAUGGAAGCAAGAGGAGAGCACACACUUUCAGAAAAAUUUGUCUGCCUGGAGCACACGUUCGGCCCCGACUGCAGCCUGACCUGUGAGGACUGCCAAAACGGAGGCACAUGCAACGCGGAGGAGACCGGCUGCGACUGUCCGGCAGGCUGGACGGGCGUCCUCUGUAACCAGACCUGCCCGGCCAGCACCUUCGGGAGGAACUGCAGCCUGGCCUGCCGCUGCCAGAACGGUGGCACCUGCGACCCCGCCACGGGUGCCUGCCGCUGUCCGCCGGGGGUGGCCGGCGAGCUCUGCCAAGACGGGUGCCCUAAAGGAUUUUUUGGGAAACAAUGCAGGAAAAAGUGCAACUGUGCCAACCGGGGUCGUUGCCAUCGGAUUUAUGGAGCCUGUCUGUGCGAUCCUGGCUUAUACGGACGAUACUGCCAUUUAGUUUGCCCAAAGUGGGCGUUUGGCCCCGGGUGCUCCGAAGAGUGCCGCUGUGUGCAGCAGAACACGCAGGACUGCGACAAGCGGGACGGCUCCUGCCGAUGCAAACCUGGCUACCGCGGCAAGCGCUGUGAGACGAACUGUGACCCUGGCUAUUACGGGGAUGGCUGCAAGAAGAAAUGUAGCUGCCCUCCAGAAGUGUCUUGUGACCGUGUCACCGGAGAGGGCUGGAAAGAGUGUCCCCAAGGCUACCAUGGGGAGCGCUGCGACCAAGAGUGUCCGGAGGGGACGUUCGGGGCGGGCUGCCGGCGGUCCUGCUCCUGCGGGGGAGCGCCCUGCGACCGGAGCACGGGGCAGUGCCUCUGCCUGCCAGGCUGGACCGGACACGACUGCGGCCAAGCUUGCCCCGACGGUCGCUGGGGACUGGGCUGCCAGGAGCUAUGUCCUGAGUGCGCGAACAACGCCAGCUGCGAUCCCGCCACGGGGGCCUGCCUGUGUCCACCCGGCUACACCGGCCGUCGCUGCCAGGAUGUGUGUCCGCCCGGCUGGUUUGGCCCAGACUGCCAGCUGAGCUGCAGCUGUGGGAACGAUGGACAUUGCCAUCCUGUGACGGGGACGUGCAGCUGCGCACCUGGCUGGACGGGGUACAACUGCCAGAGAGCCUGCGAUGAAGGUCGCUGGGGCCCCGACUGUGCUCACACCUGCAACUGCAGCAACAGCGAUGGGAGCUGCAGCGCGGAGACGGGGCAGUGCGUCUGUGAAGCCGGCUACACAGGCAGCCGCUGCGGAGAGAAGUGCCCAGAAGGAUGGUUUGGGCUGAGCUGUCGGCACCGGUGUCAGUGUGACAACGGGGCUGCCUGUGACCACGUCAGCGGGGCCUGUACUUGCAGCCCAGGCUGGAGAGGAACCUUCUGCGAGCACGCCUGUCCUGAUGGAUUUUAUGGACUGGAGUGCCGGGAAGCCUGCGACUGCCUGAACGGCGCCCGCUGUGACCCUGCAACGGGCCGGUGCCACUGCCUCCCCGGCUGGGACGGCCCCCGCUGCGGCCAGGCAUGCCAGGAGAACAGGUACGGCGAGAACUGCAGCCAGACGUGCAACUGUUUCAAUAACGCUACCUGCAACCACGUCAGCGGCCGAUGUCUCUGUGCAGCCGGGUGGACGGGACCCACGUGCCAGCAAGCGUGCCUGGCAGGUUUCUACGGGAGGAACUGCCGCCAGCGCUGCCUCUGCCAAAACGGUGGCACGUGUGACCCCGCCACAGGGCUCUGCGCUUGCCCCGAGGGGUGGACGGGGCUGGCCUGUGAGCUGGAGUGUGCGCAGGGACAGCACGGGGCAGACUGCCGGCAGCGCUGCGAGUGCCGUCACGGGGGGCUCUGCGACCGCCAGAAGGGCCACUGCGUCUGCCAGCCUGGGUGGACGGGCGAGAAGUGCGAGAGCCCCUGCCUGCCGGGUUCGUUCGGGAAGAACUGUGCCAGCCGCUGCGCCUGUCCCCUGGGAGUGCCUUGCGAUCACAUCACCGGCCGCUGCGGCUGCCCGCCGGGCUUUACAGGCUCUGGAUGUGAAAAACCCUGCCUGCCAGGGACCUUCGGCGAGGGCUGUGGUCAGAUCUGCCAGUGUGCCGGAGCCACCCAGGAGUGCCACCCGGUCACCGGGGCGUGCGUCUGCGCCCCCGGCUUCCACGGCCCCGCCUGCCAGCUGGAGUGCUCCCCUGGGUGGUACGGCCCUAACUGUGAAAGGCCAUGCAAAUGCAAGAACGGGGGCCUGUGUGACAUUACCACGGGGAUGUGCCACUGCCCGGCUGGCUACAUCGGUGCCGACUGCAGCAUCGGCUGUCCUGCUGGUCGCUAUGGCACAGACUGUGCACAGGUGUGCCCCUGCGGGGAUGGUGCUACCUGUCACCCCGUCACCGGAGACUGCGUUUGCCCACCUGGAAGAGCUGGUCCCACCUGUGAGCAAGGCUGUGAGAAGCACCGGUACGGGGCGGGCUGCCAGCAGACCUGCUCCUGCCGCAACGGGGGGCUGUGUGAUGCAGCCGACGGCUCCUGUUCAUGUGCGCUCGGGUGGAUGGGGAAAUCCUGUGAAUUAGAAUGUCCGCCGGGAAGGUACGGUGCCAACUGCCAGCUCCACUGCGCCUGCCUGCACAAUGCCACCUGCGACCCGGGGACGGGAACCUGCCGCUGCUCCACGGGCCACUAUGGGCCCCUGUGUGAACACAAUUGUCCCCCGGGCUUCCAUGGAGCUGGCUGCCGGGAGCGCUGCGACUGUGAGCACGGAGCAGGCUGUGACCCAGCCACUGGUCGCUGCCAGUGUCCUGCCGGGCUCCGCGGCGAGCGCUGUCAGACAGGCUGCGAGGAAGGAACGUACGGUGAGGGAUGCCAGCAGCUCUGCGACUGCGUCGGCAAUGCGCCCUGCGACCCAGCCACGGGGCGCUGCCUGUGUCCCCCAGGGAAAACCGGCCUCAAGUGCGGUUCAGACUGCCGGCCGACCAGGUACGGCCCGGACUGCAGCCUGGCCUGCCAGUGCGCACCCAGCAACUCCUACUGCAAUGCUCAGAACGGCCAGUGCCUCUGUCUGAAUGGGUACAUGGGACCGACGUGCCGGGAAGCUGUGCAGCCCCCGGCGCCCACCGGGUCACCUCCGCCCCAGGGGGGGCUCCGGCUGGGCAAGCACUAG